AUGUUGUCUUUCCGCCGCAAAGGGCUCGUCCCUCACCGGGCCUUCAUCAUCAGCCUGGACGUCGCAGGCAAGAAGACGGCAAUGUAUCGCUUCAUGCAAGGGGCGAAAGAGGUCGAGCGGGUCCCGCCGAAUUACCUCGCAGGCCAACUCAUCGAGACCUUUAGGUUCAACAACGGCUCGACCUAUGAGCUCAUGUCAUUUGGAGGAUGCAAUGGGUUCAGGACGCCUUGGGGAUCCAGUCGCCCGCAGAAAGCAGACUUUGUCAUCUUCCUCAUCGACGUUUUCGACCAAGACCGACUCGUCGAAGCCGUUGAGGAGCUCUCCAGAUCAAUGUCCUUUAUACGAAACGAGACCGAGUGCUGCGACAUGUGGAUCCUGCUUAACAAGCAGGACCUCGUUCCAGACGCCCUGAGAGAGCAAUACGUCGGAAAGGCGAGGCGCUAUCUGGACUCCGUCGACGCACAGUGGGCCGGUGACUGGACCGUCAGGAUCGUCGACACGCCUGGCCUCAGCGCCCGCACGAGCGACGGGAUGCAGGCUGUCGUGGACGAGAUCGCCGAGUUUCUCAAGGACAGGUGCGCAACCGGACCGCCUCGCCACGCGGUGGGAAAGCCUCAGGUCUCCCAGGACUACGUGCCUCCGGACCUCAAGCUACUGGAACCGCAGAUCCUCGAAGCGAACGAGGCUGCCCCAAGCUCCGACGCGUUCUGGAGAUCGAUCACGGACUGCAAGAUCGAGUCUUGGGACCACUACAACCACCUCCGGGUAGGCUAUUUUGUCAUGCUGGAUGCCGCCGGUGCCGGCAAGGGAAUUAUUGCGUGCUCUGACGUGUUCGUUCUCCUUCUGAAUCGACUGCGAGAGGCGGACUCGAAGAAAUUCCCCAAAAGCCCCCACAGAACCAUGACUACCUUCUGGCUUGUACAGCUCCGCUUAGCUGGAGUUGGCUACCAGGUCAAGCGUGGGCUGCCGUGCCUCCCCAGCCGAGACGGCUUUGGGCAAGUUCUUUUGGAAUCCCCCAGCUUGAUGGACGUUUUUCGGUGGAACCAGUUCUACUCAAAGGACCUCCUCUUCAGCCCUCGUGCUCGGGAGGAAUGGUGUCUCCCAGAUCUCCAGAACUUUCCUCCUGGCAAGGUUGCUGGAAUAGGAAAGGAGGCCUGA